ACAUGGCUGCCCUGGGUGCUAGCCUGGCUGUGUUACUGGUCAUCUCUACGGUCGUCAUCGGCCUGCUCAUCUUCCGCAUCCAGAAGGGCAAGACAGAUUGGAGGAAGCUGUCAGAGGCCAACAUCUUCCGUAGCUCUCUUGGGAAAGGUCCCGGCGGACUCAAGAACGGGGUGCAGUACACCAACGAGGGCUUCCAGAAUGACGGGGACACUAACAGCGUGGGAUCCAAAGGCCCAGAGGAGAUGGAUGGGAAACGGUCCAUCGGGAAUGGAGUGACCUCCAGAGCUGUGGAGGAGACUGUCAUGAAGGUCUCGGCUCCACUGUACUCCAACCUCCUGCUUGACACCGGCAGCCUGGCAGGGUCUGAUAAGGCCGACAGCGAGAAGGAGGUGAAGCCCAUCCUGACCAAGGAGAGGCGCGUGGAGGAGGGCUACAAGUCAGUCUGGUUCAAAGAGGACAUCGACCCCAAUGCCAAGGAGGAAGUGGUCAUCAUACCUGACAAUGGGGAGCGGGAAGGUGAUGACGAUGAUGAUGAUGAUGAUGAUGAUGAGGAAGAGGAGGGGUUUAGAGAGGAGGAAGAAGAAUAUGACAACUCGUCACCACAGACCCCAAAGGUGUUGUUCUCUGAUGCUGAUAUGGAUGAUGGCCGUGGGGUGAGGUUUGAGGAUUCUGAGAAUGAAAAAAUCCAGACGUCUGACCUGUGAGGAGUAUGGGGGUAGGCCUGCACUGGAUUUAGCUUGCCUUGUCUGUUUGGGUGGGUGAGGUUUUCUUUUUUCGUUCAGUUGUGCCGGGUAAGCUAAAUCUUGCGCAACUGGGGCCCCAUUUAUACUGUAAUUGUUGUGUAAAUUCCACACUAAAUAUCUGUGUGCGCCAUUUCUGAAAAUAAUACGUACGUCUAAAAAUAUUGAGAUUUCUAAACUUGGCACACGCCCUACAUACACAUUUUUACCGUUAUAAUUCAGACCUGUCGUUAAACUGUGCACACAUGAACAAGCAUUCUAACUCUGUCAGAAAAAGUCCCUUCAUUCACCUUUUAUAGUGACAAUAACGCCCUUUAUUUGCUGUAUAAUUUGGAACUGUUGGAAUUAGGCCAUGUAGGUUUCUGAAAGAAAGAGUAAUGGCAAAUUUGAUCACAUUUUGUAGAGGUGUGAGCAGAAUGUUUUAGUCUUUUACAGUGACUUUUUCAAACUUAACAUUCAUGCUGCCUAUAGUGAGUGCCAAACACUUUAUUGAUUGUAUAUUCAAAACAGUUUUACUUUGACAGUAUGGGUAUAGGCUACAGUAUUGCUGUGCAAUAGGAGCGUGACAUCAUAGCCUAUUUAAGCCUAUACCAAAACAGGAGAUAGAAACACAAUAAUCGA